AUGACGCAGAAGUACGAAUUUAUCGCCAGCCUGUUGGACGUUGGAGAGAGCCAGGCAACCAAGCUGCCCGGUGCUUUGUUUCAGCAAAAUUUGUGCCUUGGCAAGGGUGGCAGUCGGAGAUUGAGGUCGAAGUGGGUGGCUUAUGUUGUUGAUGGCAAGAGAUCAAAGCAGAGGAUGUUUGGACAAGGGGAGGAAAAUAGAGGGAUAGAAACGAGGUAG